AUGGCGAGUAGAGGGGAAUUUGGGGCUGGUGGGGCUCCAGUAGAGCCCGAUAACUCAGUGGACCUAGAUAGCGUCCUACAGGGAGAAUUGGAAAUGGCGCAGGCCAACGAGCCAACUCCACGGCAGUCUGACUCGGAGGAUUGCGUCCUACAGACGGCGUCCGAAGGCCCUACUGAGGUGGCCUCAAUAUCCGCUGCAGACUCUCUGCAGUACAUUGAGGCCUGGAUAGAUCUAGGGCUCUUGGCCCCGCAAGAGGGAGAGGUGUUGGUGGUGUGGAAUAUUAUGGAGGAAGUGGGAGUUCAGAUUGAGGUGGAGGAAGGGCAGCAGCAGGAAGAGAAUUUUGCUAGAGAACUACCUGGGGUGGCCUGGCCGGCAGAGGCAGCAAGGAGCUUCCCAAAUCUCCGUUCACCAAUGGAGGAGCUGCAGGAUGUUCAAUCCCAGCUGAGCUCACUGAAUGCCAGAGCUAGCCGGGAGUUUGCUCGCCUAAAGAAGAAGAUAGCCGAGAAGUGCAGAUCCCAUUUCGAUCGCAGAAGGACUAUCAUCCAGGCCAUUCCUGGAUUUUGGGCCAAAACUAUAAUGAGUCACCCACAGAUGUCAUCCAUCAUCUCUGAGCAAGAUGAAGACUUGCUCAAAUACAUGUUGAGUUUAGAGGUGGAAGAAGUGAACCAUGGCAAAGACCUACGUAGCGUGGUAUUUUACUUUUGUGACAACCCUUACUUCCGCAACCAUGUGAUCAGAAAGGAGUACAAGCUCAGCAUCAUGGGAUAUGAGGAGUGUGCGUCCAGUGAAAUGCAGUGGUUUGGUGAAUGUGUAGGUGAGAUCAUUGCCAGCUGUUCACAAGACUCCAAAAAUUUGACAUUCUUUGACUGGUUGAGCAACUGUAAGUGGCAAGGCUCCAACAAGAUUGCUGAGAUCAUUAUUGAGGACCUAUGGCUUAAUCCUUUACACUACUACUGUACAGAGGAUGAUCCUAGGGGACAGUACCAAGAGCAUUCAAGAAACACCAGUUUCACAGAUGAAGAGGAUCAAGAAACCUCUUUUGCUAGCUUUCAAGAAUACUAGUGGAGCAGCUUUCCACCUUAGAAUG